ACCAAGUUCGUAUCAGCACACAAAUUUGAGAGCUACAUGGAUGUGGGUACGGCAAUGAAGCUCAUCUUGUUACUGUUUGUUGAUGUUUUUGUUCCUGCUGUGACUAUCAGACCUCUCAAACUGGAUAGAGCUCUCUAUAAUAAACUGAUCACGGAAUCACAAACUGAACCACAAGAGGAAAUCGUCAAUACACAUAAUGCCUUCAGGAGAAAAGUGUCCCCGCAAGCAAAGAACAUGCUGAAACUGUAUUGGAGUUCAGCUGCCGCAGAAAAUGCUAGAAUCUUGGCGAGGUACUGUGACAAGUCAGAGAGUGACCCUCUUGAGAGGCGACUACCAAAUACAUUUUGUGGAGAAAAUAUGCUUAUGGAACAUUAUCCCUCUCCCUGGUCAAAAGUAAUUGAAAUGUGGUACAAUGAGUCCAAGUACUUCAAAUAUGGAGAAUGGCCAUCCACAGAUGAUGACAUCGAAACUGAUCACUACACUCAGAUGGUCUGGGCCUCUUCCUACCUCAUUGGCUGUGAUGUUGCAUCAUGUCGCAGGCAAAAGGCAGCUACAUAUCUCUAUGUGUGUCACUAUUGCCAUGAGGGAAAUAAUCAAGACACAUUAAAUAUGCCUUAUAAGGAGGGCUCACCAUGUGACGAUUGUCCAAAUAACUGUGAAGAUGGACUCUGCACUAAUCCCUGCACUUAUUAUGAUGAAUAUAACAACUGUGAUAAGCAGGUAAAACUUUAUGGAUGCUCACAUCCAGCUGUCCAGCCAUUCUGCAAGGCUUCUUGUCUGUGUACAACUGAAAUAAAAUAACCUAGCAUUUGCUACUAUGCUGUGAAGAUAAAGGGUGUUUUCAGGAUUGUUUAUUUCACCUUAAUGUCAUGUACUGUAAGACUUUCUACUGAAUUUCAUUUGUUUUUUUAAAAUUAUGCUCAAGAACAUAAUUUUUUAACCAUCAUUUAUAGACAUCAAUAUAUUUUCAUCAAGACUGUGACCACUGCCAUGUAGUAACACAGCUUUAAAUUUCCUUGUUUAACGAAAGGACAAGUCAAAUGCUUGCCCCAAAUUAAUACAAGUAACUUGAGGUGUGUAGGUCAAUAUAAUCCGACUAAUGAAUGAGUCCUUCAUCGUAACUUGCAGUAAAAUAGCUUUUACCUAACACCCCCAGUUCCCCAGAACCUUAAUAGCUUUUGUCUAACUUUUCAUUCUAUUUUAAAUCACACAUUAAAAAUAUUCA